AGAAACUGCUAUAUAAUAUUUUUAUUUAAUCAUAAAUAAUUCGGGCAAGAUAUUACUUAUUUUGGCAUUCAAAUAUAUUUAAUAAACUAUUGAAGUAAAUAUGUUUAACAUUAAUUCAUCUAACUCAACAACAUCGUCGUCGGAAGCAAAUGACAAAAAAACAAUUAGAAAUGAUGUUAAUUUGGACGAAUUACCUUUGUAUCUUAUUGGCACUCAACAAAGAUUUAGAGAAAAUAUUAUAAUUCCAAGAACCGUAACCAAUGUAGCAAUCAAAACCAAUGAAGAAAAAAGGAUAGAAAGUAUGAUGGAAAGUUGUACUUUUAAAAGUAUUGGAAGUUGUGUUAUAGGGUUUGGCUUGGGAGCUGCAAUAGGUUUAUUUUCAUCUAGUGUAAACCCAAAUGUAGCUGCUGUUGAAAAACAACAAACUGUUCGUGAAGUUUUUAGGGAGAUGAAAACUACUACACUAGGUUAUGCAAAAAAUUUUGCUGUACUUGGUGGUAUAUUUUCAGCAAUUGAAUGUACAAUAGAAACGUACAGAGGUAAAACUGAUUGGAAGAAUGGCACGUAUGCUGGUGGUUUAACAGGAGGACUAAUAGGACUAAGAGCUGGUGUAAAGGCAGGUUUAAUUGGAGCAGCAGGCUUUGCAGCAUUUUCAACAAUAAUAGACUACUAUAUGCAUCAAUCUUGAACACUUAAUAUUAUAAAUUAUAGUAAAUAUAUUUGUAUAAAAGAGAUAUAAAAUGCACUCUCAGUGUACCUGUACAAUACAUACAAAAGCGCGAAAAUGUUCUUAGUAUAAAAAUGCAUACAUAUAAGUACAAUAAUUAAAAAAUAAAAUAAAUGCACAUAAUA